CGCGAAGCAUACUAGCGAAUCCGAAGAUGUCUUCUCUGAGAUUGCCACCGCUCCCAUCGAUCCGAGAUAUAUUGAAGCUAUAUCACUUGAACGCCAUUAAACGUUUGUCACAAAAUUUUCUGAUGGAUCAGAACUUGUGCGACAAGAUCAUAAAGAAAGCGGGAAACUUCGCCGGAGCCCAUGUACUGGAGGUUGGCCCUGGCCCAGGUGGAUUAACUCGAUCCAUCCUAAAACAGGCUCCUAAACGAGUAGUAGUCGUGGAGAAGGACCGUAGGUUUGAGCCGACUUUAGACAUGCUAGCUGAUUCGUUUAGCGCGGUAAACGGAGAUAUGGACGUAAUAUACGACGAUAUCCUGAAAACGAAUAUGGAGAGUCUGUUUCCAAUGGAGGAGAAGAGAAACUGGAGUGAGAGAUCUCCGAAUAUCUACCUCAUAGGCAACUUACCCUUCAGCCUAUCGACGUAUCUCAUAGUCAAGUGGUUGCACGCAAUUUCGGAACAACAAGGACCGUGGGCGUUUGGUAGGACACAAAUGACGCUGACAUUCCAAAAGGAAGUGGCGGAACGUUUGGUGGCUCCAGUUGCAGGCGAACAGCGAUGCAGGCUGUCUAUAAUGGCGCAAACGUGGACGUACCCAGUACUUCGUUUUAUCAUACCUGGCAAAGCUUUUGUUCCAAAACCAGAUGUUGAUGUGGGCGUGGUGUCAUUCACGCCAUUGGUCAAACCACGCACGCGACAUGACUUCAAGCUUUUCGAAAAGAUUACGAGGCACCUGUUCAGUUUCAGGCAGAAGUACAGCAGAAGAUGCAUCGAAACCUUAUUCCCGUUACACUGUCGCGAAGAAUUGUCUCUAAUGAUGUAUAAAUUAUCCGAUUUGGAUCCGAAGAUGAGACCCAUGCAAUUUACCGUGGAAGAUGUCGACAGGCUGACGACCGCUUAUAAAUACUUGGUGGAGAAACAUCCGGAGAUUGGUUUGUAUAAUUAUCGUGCAUCUCGACGAUUGUUGGCAUUGUCGCAGACGAAGAAUAUCGUGGUUCAGGACUGCGCGCAGGUAUCGGAAGAAACAAAUAUCUGACCGGGAUAAUUUACUCAGAUACACGCGAAUGCAUCGUAUUUCGGACUUUAUUAGAUCGCGAAUUGUAAUGCAGUAGAUUAAUUUGUUACAAUAAACUUCAGUUAGAACUGUGA